AUGGAUCGAUUCGAAAAGCUGCGCCCAGUUGGUGGGUUGGAGCAGUACUCAACUGCGCGCCAUCAGAUCGGAUUUUAUCUAAAUGUCGCUGUGGCUGCAACAUAUGAACUGCCAGACCCGUUUACGCUUCCUAUCAAAGACUACGUCUACAGGGCUUGUGCGGUGCUUAUUGCGGAGCAUCCGGUGUUGUCGGCCAUUCCUGCGGGUGAAGAUACCCAGAAACCGUAUUUUGUGCGAUUGCCACAGAUUGACUUGGAUCGGGUUGUGUCUUUUCAUCAGCGUCGGACUUCCUUUAAAGCCGGCGAUGAUGAACCUGGCCCGGAUCACGAUCUGCAAGUCUUGAUCGAGGACGAGCAUAACAAGGCAUUCUCCGUGCCGAAUGCCUAUUGGAGGUUGUGCAUUCUGUCGGACAGCGAGUGUGAACGACAGUUUACUGCUAUCUAUGUCUUUCACCACGCUUUAGGCGAUGGAGGCUCAGGAAAGGCUUUCCACAAAAGCUUCCUUCGAGCGUUGAACACUGCCGAAGAACAUGAAACGAAAGCCCUUAUCGAAUCACCGAAGAUUCCGCUUCUGCCGAAUAUUGAAUCCCUCCACCCAAUGCCUCUGUCUUUCCUCUUCCUCGCAAAGAAACUCAUUCAAGCAAAAGUCUAUUCGCACCGAGACCCGGGGCUGUGGACCGCUGGUCAAAUACAAAACCCCACCAAAACCUGUACUCGACUACUCUCAUUCUCCAAGUCCGUCGUUACUUCACUGCGAGAUCGCUGUCGACAGGAGUACACAACUAUUACCGCUGUCCUGCAAACGGUCAUUGCGAGAUCGAUCUUCGCCCACAUUCCCGGCACUUACUCAAGCCUCGCUUGUACAGGCGCGCUAUCCUGUCGCCGCUGGCUUCCCGAUGUAAUCACGGACGACGUGAUGGGUGUAUUCGUCCAAGAUUUUGAAGAAACAUACUCUCGCAGCGCUACAUCUGCGGAAUCCUCGUUCCCAUGGGAGGAAGCACGGAGAUCUCGACAAACAAUCGAAGCUACCCUCAAUCGCAAAGGCAAAGAUGCAGGACCCAAUCUACUCAGAUACGUUAAUGAUUACCAGCAAGAACUCUGUCUUUCCAAGCUUGGCCAGGACCGCGACAAGACUUUCGAGGUGUCUAAUGUCGGUGUCGUGCACUCUGAAUCGGGUCCAGAGGAACCAGCUAUUAAAGGCAUGGUCUUUUCGCAGUGUGCCAGUGUCAUUGGAAACGCUCUUGAGUUCUCUGUUAUAACCGGUGGUGAUGGGUGUUGUGUGAUUUCUGUCUCGUGGCAGGAGGGCGUUGUUGAGGAAUCUCUGGUCGAGGGGGUUAUUGCGAGUGUCAGAGAUGAAUUGCGUCUUCUUGCUGGUUGCAAAUAA